GAUUUAGUAUAAGAGUUGUAAGUAACACUAUAAAGCUGCAUCUAUUCAUUUCACCCAAUUGAGUCUUUAUAGAGUUUUUUAAUGAUUAAACAACUAUAUCAGCUAAAAUAAUAUAAUUUGUUAAAUCUGAAAAGGAGGAUAGCAACUAAACGAAAAUAGAAACUGGAAACUCCAAAUAUGUCCGAUGCACAGAAAUCUUCAGAUUCUUCAACGGAGAAUUCAAACACAGAGAAAAAUAUGGAGGAAAAUGAUAAAUGUUCUUCGGAAGGAAAUCAACAAUCAAGCAUAAAUAACGAGGAUAAUCAGGACAAUAUUUUAAAGGACGAACGUACAUUUACUUCCCAAGUGAGUCUAGAAGUAAAUUGUAAAAAUGAACACGACAAAGAAACGCCCAUCAUAGAUAAUUCUAUGAAAAAUGACAUCAAUAUUCGAGAGGAAGCUUCGGUCACCGAAGCUGUUUGUCUAGACCAACAAAGCGAAGACGAAAAUAUACCAGCAAAGACAACUCACAAACGUGGUUAUGAAGAAACAGCCUGCACUGAGAAUGAAAUACCUAGAGUAGCUGUUUUAAAUGCUCAAAAAAUAGAACUUGAUGAAUUGAAAGAGUUAUUUUCAUCUGAAGAAACAAAUGGAGAGGAUUUCGAUGAAAUAGUUAGAAAGUCUGAAGUUGUAUACAUUCGAUAUAAAUCAUUUGAUGUUACAAGGAAAGUUUUGAAGGCUUGCUCCAAAGGAAUUUUAUUUAAAAAACGGAUGUUAUAUGUACUUGAAGAGGGAAAUCAUUACGUUUAUGUUGAAAAAAAGAAUAAAGAAUCAGAUUUAGAUGAUUUUGAUCUGAGGAUCAAAUUUGAAAUAGCUCGGAAUGAGCUGGAUGAAACUUUGAAACAAGCAAUCGAAAACAUCUAUUGUAAAAAAUAUUCAGCCUUAAUUAAUUAUUACAGAGAUAAAUACGCUACACAUAUCAUAUGUCGGAAUAAAGAAACUGCGCUAAAAGACUACAAUAUAUAUUCUCCUGCGUCUAUUAAUGUUACUGGCGGUUUUCUUAAAAGAACAAUCAAAAUAAUUGCGGCAGAUAAAGUAAUAAAUCGUCUACACGAUGUUAUGGAUAUAUUACGAUCGCAAGCUAAAGUGAUAGAUACUAUUAUUUUACCUAAAAUGAGUUUUGUCACUUUUGAAAAGAUUGAAGAUGCAAAGUAUUUUAUUGAAACGAAGGACGAUAUCGUUUGUUACAUGAAAAUAGAGUUCUUUCCAUUAGAUUUAAAAGAAUAUGCACUUUAUCAAAUUGAUAAAGCGGAAAAAAAUGACAUAACAGUAGCACCUAUUAAAGUACCUCCCUCGGUAACUAACUGUUGUGGAUAUUCCUCAUGUUCUUUUAUGAUAAAACAAGAAAAAGAUUGCUUUUAUGACGAGUUUGAGGGUGUAAAAAGAAAAAUAGCCGAGUAUUCUUCAACAUUUGAAAUUGAUUUCGAAACUGAUUCAGAAGUUUAUUACAACUUUAAAAAUUACUCAAAUUUGGAAGAAUUUUUAAGGAAAGAAAAACAAUUUCUUGGUAGCAAAAAAGUAGAUUAUCAUAUUCAAAAACAAUUAACGAAUCCUUCUAAACCUUUAAGUUUCUCUGAUAGUUUUAUUAUUCUGUGUAAUCUACCAAAACUAGAGACAAUAGAUGAAUUAAAAAACAAGUUAAGAGAGUACACAAAUUCAGAUUGCAAAGCAUUCUUUUCUCCAAAAGAAUCCAAUAAAUAUAAGGCGCUUAUAUAUUUCUACGAACCAAUAGAUGUAGAAAAUCUAGAACUGAGAUUUGGAAUUCAUUCUUUCAAAAGUAAAAUGUUGGUUGUUGAUAGAGUCGACGAUGGUAAAAUUAAAUUUUGUCUCCACAAUUCAAAUAUAACACUUAAAGAUUUGAAAGUGACACUUGAAAAAAAUAAUAUAUGCAAAUGUGACUCAAGGCUAAUUGAGGAUGAAAUUGAAAUUUUAUUGAAGGAAGAAAGAGUAAGAGAUUUGAAGCUAUUUAUUAAUAAUGAAAUGAAAUAUAAAUCAAAAGUCUUGGAAUUUCUUCCAUACAUUGAAACUUUUGGAAAAAUUCCACAUAAUUUCCCUUUUCACCAACCAAGAAGCGGAAUUGUAGACUGCUUUCUUUAUGAGACAGAGUUUACAUCUUUCAUUAUUUUUUCUGUUGAAUAUAGAAGAAAACUUUUUGACUGUUUGCGAAAGUUCAAAGCAAAGUUUAGUAUUAAUAGAGUAGAUGACAGUAUUGAAAUAAGGUAUAACUAUAAUGAGAAGGUAUGUGAUCUUCAGUAUUCAUGGAAGGAAGACGUUGAAACAGAGUUGAACAAAUUUUUCAAAAAACUCGAUAAAUAUCUUUUCAAGUUUUCCACUUCUGACUAUAAGAUUAUAACCAAAUAUGGAUUUGAACUUGAUGGAAUUCUAAUUCAACAUGAUUCGAAUUGCUGUGUUGUAUUUAAAGGUCCAGUAACCGAUAUUAGGACUAUUAAAGAAGUUUUAAAAAACAAAUUACAAGAACAUGAUAUUUUGAAAGAGAUGGACUUUGAUGUAGAAAGUCCUAGCAAUAAAGAAUUUUUAUUAAACAAGAAGGAUAUUUUGAAGAUACUUAGAAAAGAUCAUAUCAUUGUCUUCGAUUCUAAGCCUAAAUGCACAACUGAAUUAGGGAUUAUAAUUGUACAAGAGAAUCGGAAGGGAAUUGUCAAGAGCCUUACCUAUUUUCUAAGAGAUUGCACCACUCGUAAGAAGUCGAUUAGUUCAUUUCCUAGGUCUUCUUUUGAACAGCAACUAAAAGAAAAAAUAGACAAUAAGAACAGUUAUUCUCUCUCCUUCGACAAGAAGAAUUUAUUUAUAACUGCAGAAUCAAAAGAAAUAGCGACUGAAAUUGAAACUAUAUUUGACAAUAUAACAAAAUCAUUCAAGUACGAAUCGUUUGACUUAGAAAUUAAAUUUUUUGACAAGAAUAAGGAGAAUAUUUCAAAAUUAGAGAAAAAAUACCAUAUUGAAUUUACCAAAACCAAACAAAAGAAUUUUUAUAAACUUGAAAUAGAAGGUCCGAUCAAAGAUGUUGAUGAUUUUAUUUGUCAGUUAAAACUAUUAAGGGAAAAAAAAGAUAUUACAAUUUCGAAAAUUAUUUCCGAAUCUCAUGCAAAGUAUUUGAAAAAAUUACUAAAAUCUUCUUUUACACCAUAUAAUCGUCAACUUUUUGAACUAAAGGAUGGAGUUAAUAUAGGGAUUGGUGAAUUACAUAAUCGACAAAUUAUAAAGAAUAAUAAAGAUACCUUGACAAUUCAAAUUUCUCACAAAUUUUCACAAGAUGCACUAAAAGAUGUGAUAAUUUUUCCUGAUAUUUGUAUAAAACGUUGCUUUGAAGGUGAAGACCGAGAGAUUCGGAAUAUCAUCACAGAAACUUGCGAAAAAAUUACUUUAAAAUCUGGUGCAACUGCAUAUUAUAUAGAUAAAUGGGAUUCUGAAAAAAUAUCACAGAUGACAAAAAUUUUGAAAAAGAUUGAUAAAGACGGGCAACAAAUUAUUCAAAUACCUCUAAUAUCUAAAGAAAUCUCUAAUAAGCAACAGCAUAUCCAGGAUUUAGUUUCUUUGAUUUUCAAAGUACUUUUCAUUGACAAACUCGCUCUAGAUUUUGAGGACCUGCAAACGAUCCAAAUUAUCACACACAGCCAAAAAUCUACUGAAAAUUUUAAACCUAUACUACAUAAACGUGUUAAUGAUUUAUUGCAAAAUUCAGAAAGUUAUGAUACAUUUGAAUAUAUUGAUUUUCCUCCCUCUAUUUUAAAAGUUAAAUAUGGAGAUCUUACGUCAGAAAAAGCAGAUGUAAUAGCAUAUAGCAAUUCAAGAUCGCUUAACUUUAACAAGGGAAUUGCUAAAGCUUUAAGUGAUGCUGCUGGAGAAGAUUUAGAAAAAGAAUGUAAAAUCAGGAAUUUUCGGGAAAACAUAACUGUUACAAAAGGAUUUAAACUCCAUUGUCGAUAUGUCUUUCAUUUAUAUUUAGAAAAAUCAUCAUCAGAUAGAAAUUAUACGAAAUUAGAUGAAAUACUAAAAAUAUGCUUUACUGAAGCAAAAUCACUGAAAGUAAAAAGUCUAUCUCUUCCUCUCCUUGGUGCAGGAUAUCUAAACUAUCCAGAUGAAUAUGUGAUUGAUACUAUUAAACAUAUAAGUGAUAAAUAUGGUAGAGAAAAUGGUUUAGAGAAAGUUACAAUUGUUAUACAAAGCGAACACAUUCUAAAUAAAGUAGAAAAACAAUUAAGUAUCCUUCCAUGGGUGGAGAAAACUGACCAUUUUCUCUUAUACAACAAAGUUCAAAUAUUUGUGGAGCAGCUGAAAUUAACAAGCUUCACAACGGAUGCUUUAAUUUGUCCAAUUCCUGAAUCAAAUUCACCAAAGCUUCCAAUAACAGAAUAUAUAUGUAACCACUUCAGGAUACUUCUUAAUCAUAACGAAUUGAAAAAGAAAGAAGUAAUUUGCACUAAAAUCGACAAAAGAACAAUAAUAUUCUCAAAACCGGCAUCCGGAAUUAAGGAACAAUUAUUUAGAGCUUUAUCUACAGCCGAGGAAAAUAACUUACGUUCUAUCACUUUUCCCUCUUUUGCUGAUAAUAUUUGGAACGAUCAACCAAAUCAUACAGAUUUAUUUAAUAUUAUAGAAAUGUAUUUCAAGAAUAAACUAUCUUGCAUUAAAAGAAUUGAACUCUUUACAAGAAAACAGUGUGAUAGGGAUGCCUUUAGGGAUACUGCUUUACACAAGUGUUAUAAUUAUUAUGAAGCGAAAUUUAUUGGAAAAGAUUUAGAGACAUUAAAUAAAGAAUGUACCAAGCUUUGUAAAAAAGUGCAAACUACUGUCAUUACUUUAAAUACUACUUGUAUUCAGAAUAAAAAACAACAAUAUAAAGACGUCUUAAAUAAAAGUGAUACUGUUGAUAAAAUGUGUCUUGGUAAUGAAAUAUUUCUUACUGGCCUUGAAAAGGAUGUUAAUGAAGUGAAAAAAGAAUUAAACAAUGGUAAACAAUCCCUAAUUAAAAUAUUAAUUUCUUAUUAA